AUGUCCGCCAAAACCGCCAACCAGAAGCGCACAUCGCCCGCGGUCAACUUGAUCGCUGGUGGUGGUGCCGGUAUGAUGGAGGCCCUCGUGUGCCAUCCGCUAGACACAAUCAAGGUCCGCAUGCAGCUGUCAAGGAGAGCCACAGCACCUGGGGCUAAGCCGCGCGGGUUCGUGGCCACCGGUGCUCAAAUCGUGAAAAAGGAGACCGCUCUAGGUCUGUACAAGGGUCUUGGUGCCGUGCUGGGUGGUAUCAUUCCGAAGAUGGCGAUUCGAUUCACCUCAUACGAGUCAUAUAAGGGCAUGCUGGCCAAUAAGGAGACAGGCGCCGUGACUAGCAAAGCCACCUUCCUGGCUGGUCUCGCCGCCGGUGUUACGGAAGCCGUAGCUGUCGUCAACCCCAUGGAAGUCAUCAAAAUUCGUCUGCAGGCCCAGCACCACAGUCUGGCUGACCCCCUAGACACCCCGAAGUACCGCAGCGCCCCGCACGCACUCUUCACCGUGAUCAAGGAAGAAGGCUUCAGCGUCCUAUACCGCGGUGUCUCCCUGACAGCCCUCCGACAAGGAACCAACCAGGCCGCCAACUUCACCGCAUACACGGAACUGAAGGCUGGCCUGCAGCGCUGGCAACCCGAGUACAGCAACAGCCAGCUGCCCGCUUACCAGACCACCUUGAUUGGUUUGAUCUCCGGUGCCGUCGGUCCCUUCUCUAACGCUCCCAUCGACACCAUCAAGACCCGCCUCCAGAAGACCCGUGCUGAGCCCGGUCAGUCUGCUGUCUCCCGUAUCAUGGUCAUUGCCAAGGAUAUGUUCAAGACCGAGGGUACUCGUGCUUUCUACAAGGGUAUCACCCCCCCGUGUGAUGCGUGUUGCUCCUGGUCAGGCCGUCACUUUCACCGUGUACGAGUUCCUCAAGGGUAA